UUUUGUUUGAGUUAAAUUUGGAAAUGCGGAUGCUAAAAAUGGUUUAUUUCCACCGAUCAAUGCUGUUAGUAAGUGGCAAAAGUUUCCGUUACCAAAGGGCCUGGAAGUGGUUUAUCUGGCCCUGAAACAGUUUCCCGAUGCAGAUUCACUCCAAUGAGCGGGAAUCGUACGUGUACGAGGUCGCGCCGUAUGUGAUCUUGCUCUGACCUCGACUGCUACCUUGAAAGAGAGCUAACCAGAUGGGUGCCAUGGGAGAUGGAAGAAUGUCGAAACCGGGACAACCAUUAUCACCCAGAAUCUCUCGACAUUCUUUAUCGGCUCACGCUCAUUCCUUCUCUCUCACUGCGGGAGCUCUCCCGCUUGCUCCGCGAUUCGAAGAGCAUUAGAAUACGCGUGUGUCCCCGUAUGUGCGCUGAUUCCCAGACGGGUACAUCGCGUGUGUAUGUGUGUUUAUGUUGUAAAUACUAUUUUUCUUGCGAUGCUGCUAUAGAACCUGAUAAAAAGCGCACUUCGUAUGCUAAACCAGGUGAGCAACGCAAACGGUACGCACGGGAAGUGCGAGCGCAAAAGUGUUCCUGCAUGCCUCGAUUGCGUUCCAUUUACCGAAAGUGUGCUCCUCAAUGUCAUCACCUGUCCCAGGAUGUUUGGUGUUGACGGUGAGCAGGACAGCCGAGAGACGAGAACGGGUGGCAAGAGUUGGCAAACGAUGUGUGAUUCGUGGUGCUGCCUCAAGCAUAAUCUAAUUUUGUGAUAAAUUGAUGAACUAAUUUACAUGGUGUGUGCCCAUCAGAGGGAAGUGGAUCGUUUGGUGUGAUUUGUAUUUUCAUUUUGCUCUUGGUUGCGAUCGUUGAAAUAUUUUUAAUAAUUUACCUGGCACAGCACCAACGCUUGCGUAUGAGGGAUGUUGUAAGAUUAAUCAUCUGUUUAGUGCUCAGUGCAGGUUUUGGAAAAUUAAGGUAUCAGUACACAUUGGCAUGAAAAUAUAUUUUUUUCGUAAAGCUGACGCUAAUUUUUCCAGCUUAAAACUGGGUCAACUGAGUGUACUACUGAUUGUAUGUGUAUUGUAUUUAGGCGGUAAAAGACACACAAUUCUGCCACCGAAACGGGAGCAUAAACCGGCACAUGCUUUUACCUACAUACGAAAUGACAACCACAUUCCAGUUACUGUAGAGUGGGAAGAAAAAUAAUGCUAAAAAAUACUAUAACUCUGGUAGCUAUUAUUAGCCAGGAAAGUGUCGUGGACGGGCGAUGCGCAAGUAUAGGAUCCAGGGGCAGUAAAAUCGGAUUGACUGCCUUUUUUGCCUUGCAAUUGACUUGCAUGGGAAAGUGGCGAACGGUCUCUGAUGGCCUUCAAACCUUUGGAUGUGGAGUUUUAUUUUGGAUCUGAAAAGUGAAACCAUGAACGAGUAAAAACCUUGCUGCGUCGUGCGAAUGCCUUUCCGCAUCGAUGUUCACGCCGAUCUUGUUGUGUCCGUGGUAGAAUUUGGUGGACGUGAUGAUGAGCGAAUCGAGGUAAAGAGCAUGCAUAUGUUAUGUCAAUGCUUUUCGUUUUCGUCAAUGUGCGUAAAGAAUGCCGAUUUUAUUUGUAUUGUAUAUUAUUUGUCAGAGACUUUUUUGUAUGGGUGUAUUCAGUUUAUAUUAAAAGCUAUACUAAUAAUUGUUCUGUUGGACAAUCUUAAAUAAUUUGAGAUUUAAGAGUAUAUAUCAUAUUAAAAACUUACUAAAGCAAACUCAGGCAGUUGUGCUGGGAGUCAGAUUGUCCAUUAAAACAACAACCAUAGCUACAAUGGAAUAAAUUUAUUACACCAGCUGCAUGCUUGCUCAUCAGGAAACGCUGUCCUCAACGUACCAAGCUCCAAACACACAUAUAAUUCAUCAUCCCACAAUCUCCGUGGCCAAUGGUUUGGAUGCGCUUAAUUGUCCACUCAUCAAAGCUGCUCGCAACGAGCACUAGAAAAAUUGCAUCGAUUUUGUAUGACGCUGUGAACUGUGACGUUGUUACGUUACCACAGCAUACAAGUCGCGUCAUUUGGCGACGGCGAUUGGGAUCAAUUGUGGAUCUCUAGGUUGAAGAGGGUAGCAAAAAGACCUGUUACCAUUACAUUCUCAGUCGACGAACGAGAUCGGCAUCGAGCCGAUAAUUAUCGUCAACCGGGCGACCCAAUGUCGUAUGUCGUCAUCGUUGCCGUGCAUCGCACCGUGUUUUCAGUCACUCUGUGACGCACACGAUAACGGUAGUGUGUUUGUGCACGAAUUGUUUUGCCGCGUAAGUGACUGAUUACGGCGAUGCCAAGCGCAGGGGGGAGGAUUGGAGGUUCUGUGUCGUCAACUAGUAAAUUGGUUUGAUAGUGCACACAAAACACACUUUCCAGCCUACACAAACUAACAUAGUUCAACUGUUUCCGGAGAUGAAGAACCGCUUCAAUUCCCCCUUGAGAAAACGUUAUAUUUUUGGAUAUUCUGUGUGUUUGUACUCACCCGUCUCCCCCAGGCUCGCUACAAACACCUUAACAAAUGCACGGCAUGUAACCGUGGUGGUUUGAGGUGCGCUCGAACUGAUGGAGGCGCGACAACACGAGACACACCAUCGAGAGUCAGAGUACACGGUAUGAUAUUGGUAGGUCAGUGUUUUAGUUGACCCGAUAGUUUCGCAGCGUGUGGAGGGUUUGCGCUGUUGCUGGCUCUCUGACACUCUGUGCCUGUGCUGUACCGUGUUUCGUGUUUUAUUGCCAACGGUUUGGCGUGCACCAGCGGGAGAGUGGGUGUCUUCAGCUUCAACUUGAAGUAAAUUACUUUGCUUUAUCCUAUCGAAGGGCAGCACCGUGAAGCAUGGUGUGUUGUGUGAAACACUCCUUUCUCUCUCUUUCUCACUGCAGAGCACUCGCCCAUCGAUCAGAAGCUCAGAAUGGAUAGUAAUUAUUUAGUAUUCAACUCACGAGCACGGUAGUUCGCGGCGCUCCAUCGCCGUAAUUCGUUUUCUGUGAUCUCAUCACCAAACCAACCGUUGCCGCAAGUGUGAGUGGCGUGCAAUAUUGUGCGAGCGUCGAGAGCGUAUUAGUCAAUCUAUGCUGGAGCACUGCUUCGAACGGGUGUGCGCACGACUUAGACCACUGCUGCGGACGUACGGUGACAGAUGCCGCAACAGCUGUGUGUUGGCCAGUGCGAGUGAGCGCAUCUCCAUGAGCGCGUGUGCGAAUGAGUGUGUUGAAUGGCUUUCGAAAAGUAAACAACCGUUCGUCCGCUUAUCCAUUAUCGUCGUGUUCACCCCGUGUUCCGUGGCGUUCUUAUCGUGCUAAAUUUAUUUCUACUCUGUGAAAAAAGCAUAGACGGAGCGAAAGUCGUUUGAUCCUGGCCAUAGAGUGAUAAUUAAACAAGUGGAAAAUGACGCUAAAGUGUUGAACGCAUUAGCAGAAUGCUUGGAAUCGUUCAAGAAGGCUACGGUGUGGAUUGGUACGCUUCUCUCAUCGGUAGCGCACGGGAAACGAGGCUCGUCGAAUCGAUCGUUAAAAUGGUGACAGAGUGCUGCUAAAAGUGAGGUGUACGUCACGGUGUAUCAGGUGUACGGUGUUUGCAUGUGUUGAAGGAAAAUCACAAUCUCCGAGCGUGAAGCCUUCGAACCGGAAACUAAAACGGAACGCUAAACGUGUACGGAAGUGUAUAUGGAGAGGUGGCUGUGUGUGUCUGUGAAUGAAUAAGAGUAAAAAGUGGAUAAAAAGCCCCAUUACUCAAACUGUGUGUGAAUGAGAAAGAAUAUAUAUUUAAAAAAAAACUACCGGGUGAACUUAAAGUGUACAUCUCGGCGUGGUGCUGGAGUGUGUACAUAAUGCAUCCGGUGUGGAGCAGUGCUGUAGUUAAGGGAUCGUCCUCCAGUGAGACAACACUGCAAACCGUCGAGGCAUUACCAGUGGGGAAAUGGUACCGAUAAAAGGAAAGAUGUGGUGAAAAAAAUAAGAAGGCACUGGGAUAAGAAUCUAAAUACCAAUCGAGUGCGGGAAAGGCGGCUUGUACAGUGAAGGAGGGCCUCUGACGAGUGUGUUGUAGAAAAAGGAGCAUUUUCUUGACCUGAGACAUUGUCCAACAAGAGUUUUUCAGUGUGAGUGUUACGUGUGCAGGCGGGGUCAUAGGUGUAAAAUGGGCAACUACUGUAGUUCCGGACAGACCAAAAAGGAUAAGGAUAAUGUGUCGGAAAAGUCCGAAGAAUCACCAUCUUAUCAGCUGGCGGAUAAAAACAAGGGCAAGGGGAACGAUGUAAAGGAGGCUCCGCUGGCGGCUCCGGAAGUCACAUCGGAUGCAUCGGGCACGGGCCAAAUCUCAAACAGCUCCAACGUUACCAAUGGCUGCAACUCGUCGACCGUGGCUGGAGGGGUGGGCGUUGAUGGGGCCAGAGCUCAACCUAAAGCACUCCAGAAUGUGCAAUCGAUGACACUGUCAGACUCCACCGCCAACAGCCCGAUGACCGUGUCGCCACCAUGUGAUAUACCGCCAGUGCAUCAAAACUUACCGCAAAACCUAACACCACUGUACGGCAAGCCGACUACUAACAGGCGCACGGAUAAGUACAAAAAGAUCGUUCUCUACAUACUGGCCGCAGACGAUGGAUUUCAAACAGAAAAGGCCAUGCUGCGAGAGGUGUUUAAGGGGCUGAACCAGAAAUGCCAGAGCCGCGGGUUUGAGCUGCAUGUGGCCGAUCUGCAUGUGCAGCAGCCCAAGGGGAACAGCUUCGACGUGAACAAGUGGUUCCGAGGACCGCUCGAGGCACAGGGCGGUCACGAGCUGGCAGCGAACUGUUUGGCCGAAAUUGCCCGCCAAUCCUGUGACUCGUACCUUAUUCCGGUGCUGUUCCUCGGUGGCACGCUGGGCGAUCCGCUGCUGCCACUGACGAUCGAAAGCCAGGACUUUGUAGCAGCCCUGCAGAUGGCUGAGCGGAAUCCAGCGGAACGAGCGAUACUGGAGAAGUGGUACGUGCUGGACGAUAAAUCGCAGCCCGCGUGCUAUCGGUUGAAUGCAACUGCCCCACCGCCCAUGUCUUCAGAAGAGUCGCAGAAGGAACUUGCGCUACUGCUGCAAACGUUGAUCGAUAUAUUUUCGAAGGAGCUGCGUGACUCUUAUCUAACCACCGUCGUAGAACAGGAAAUUAACAACACCGUUUUGAUCAGCCAAGAACUAUCGAAACGUUGCAUCUGGAUCCAGAGCACAGUAGCAGCACUUAAAACGGAAGGUCAAUCUUCUGUAGAAGCGGAAAUGGUGCGAAGGUUAACCAACAUCCAGAACGAUCUGAAGAAUCAACUGUCCGAGAAGCACAUCAUUCGCAUCCCGGCCAAUAUCGCCCAACCGCAGCAGGAACAGUUUGGAGCGAUGCUGGACACUUGCCUAUCGCUUGAGAUUGAUGCAAUUAUCGAUGAGCACGUUAGCAAGUACUCCAUUCCACACUGCACGCACGGUGUCGAUCGACGUUUGUUGAGUGAGCUGGAGGAGGUCAAUCGGCACUCGCGUGUGUUGAACGAAAAUUGCGCCAACUUCAGCACGACCGAGCGGGUGCGCGAAUAUCUAACGUCGGCCCGGGGCAAGCCACUUGUUGUGUACGGGCCGAUGGGUGCUGGAAAGAGUGUCUUUAUGGCGAAACUGUCACAAAAUCUGCACACUUGGCUGCCCGAUUCUCAUCUAGUGAUAAGAUAUGCCAACCUUACUAUGCAAAGCUCAGAUGUUACCGGUCUGGUGGGUUCGAUAACGGAGCAGAUAUCAGUAUUAAUCAAAGGAGUAUCGACACGAUGCCAGCAUACCGUUUCAUCAUAUUCCGGGGUACUGAAGUCAUUGUUAGAGAGCUCGAAGCAGCAAAUUACCAUCCUGAUCGAUUCGAUCGAUGCGUUGCGUGACGUGGAAGAUCUUGACUGGUUGCCGGUAACGCUGCUGGACAAUGUGAAGUUUGUGCUGACGGUUAGUUCCACUAGCACUGGGCAUGAUCUGGCGAAUGUCGAAAGUCGCGUGCUGCAGCGCCUUCGUGAACGGAUUGGAGACGAUAGCUGCUUCCUGUAUCUCACGCCCUUUACUCAGGAACAGUGGGAGGAUGUGCUGUGUUUCGGAGGAGGAGAUAUUUACGCUGCCAACGGUGCAUUGCAGCUGCCAGAAAGCUGGAAGAAAUCAGACGAGAAGAUUUCAAUUCAAGCGAAGAUUCUCUGGUGGCUCGGCUGGCUUGGCAUUACCAACCUUUCAAACACCUCCGUUUCACACAUCAGCGAGCGAGUGUUUGUGAUUCUAGAGGAAAAGUUUACUGCCCCCAUCGUGAGGCUGAUUAUGUCGUUGCUGCUCGCUUCGCGGGAAGGACUGCUCGAGACGGAAAUCAUUACACUUAUUAGAAAUUCUAACUUAGUCACCGGAUCAACAACAAAACAGUGGACACAUUUUUGUUGGAAGAUGGGACCACUAUUUCUUCACAAUAAGAACAUUAUCGUCAUCGAUAGGACACUGCGGCAGGUGGCAGAAAAGCGCUACGAGGCCGACAUUAAGCAUGCGCAUCAAAUUCUGUACGACUACUACGAACUGCAACCAACCGUUUUUCUCGACAAGAAGGGUAAAGAGAAGUGUUUUAACUAUAGGAAGAUAGUUGAAUUGCCCUACCACAAGUACAAGCUCGAUUCGACGGCAACCGAUAGCGCCAUCUUUUCCACCUCUCCGUACCUGACCGAUCUAGUCUGGUUGCAAGACAAACUGAUCGCUACCGGAUGUGUUCAUGUUUUAAACGACAUUCGUCUAGUAGAUAGUGCCACCAGUGCUGGUACUCACGUGGCCCUGCUGAAAUCGUUCAUUGAGACGCACUUCAAGGCCCUGAACUAUGACGGUAAUCAGCUAUACUCGCUGCUAUAUCCGGUAUUAGUAGCGGAACAGCAGCGACCCGGUUCUCCCUAUGCGAACAAUACAGUCGUACAACAAUGGCUGAAGACUAUCAACAACAGCACUGUACCGUUCCUGGAAAAGUUGGUGUUAACUGAGGGGGGAGACGAGGAGGAAAAGCAAGCAGUUGACAACAUGCCGAACGUGGUUGGGUACGAUCUGAUCAUGAACCUGAGCAUUGAGGGGUACUUUGUCAUUUCGCUUAGCACAGAGCGGGAAGAAAUCUGCGUGUGGGACGUAGCAAAAUGCCGUAAGGUACGCACACUUACUGGUGUACCUCAACCAUCAGCAAUAUGUCCAGUUGGUGAUUAUGGUGUGGCGGUUCUGUGUCGUCGUGAGAUUCGCAUUAUCGAUCUGAACGAAGGCAGAUUCAAGGUGACACUGAAAGGUGUCAUGAACCAGAAGAUGCCCUACUUUGGUCUGCACGAUCCGGCGCAUCUCGUGUGUCUAUCGCGUAACCGCAUGUACGUGAAUCUGAUGAACAUUGAGUCGGGUGACUGUGUCACAACGUUCAAGGCGGGUGAAGAUCGGUUCUUGAAUUCACUCCUAGUGUCGGGUGAUGGGAGAAUUCUUGUGUGUGGUGAUGAAACACAGAAACCGUUCCCGCUGCUGGUGUGGCAUUUGUCGCAGAAGAAGCUGCUAUACGAUCUACGCAUACCGCAUCACGAUUUUAUCACUUCACUGUCUGCUAUUACGCACGAAGGCUCAUACGUGUGUGUGGUUGCGAAGGAGCUGGCAGAACCAAGCCCUAACUUUAUCGUGGUGUACGAUCUACAGAGCGGCACACUGUUCAAGAAGUGGAAACCAUCCUGCAACACGGUAUCUCUUGCCAUAUCGCAAACUAACACCUGCGUCAUUGCUGGACUCGAGGAUGCAAGAAUUUUAAUCUGGGAUCUGGUGACUGGUAACUGCCGAAGCACCCUGGUCGGGCACAGUGCCCCGGUAACCUUGUUGAAGAUAGAUCCUACGGGCAAGAUUCUGUUAUCUAGCGAUAAAGAGGGACGCGACAUGUCCAUACGGCUCUGGCAGCUCGAUAGCGGCAAUCUGCUGGCAGUGUACACCCCGGAGGAACGUAUCACGACGUGUGAAAUUCUUAGCGGUGGCUCCUAUCUGGCACUUGCAUUGGAGAACCGUCACAAUCUGAUCACGCUGAAACUUCGCUCAGGUAAAGAUGGAUCCACAGUCGAUGAAGAUCGAGCAGCGACAGUAUACGGCAAUUCCGAACACGAUGGUAAGCAGUUCGAUCUAAAGCAGUAAUAAUGAGGAGGACGGUGAGUCCUAUCCUUUUCGAGUACCAUUUGACGAAUGAAUCUCCCCAAAACGAGUGAAGGUAACGAUAAUGGAUUGUCUUCGGUAUAAGAAUGUAAGUUAGAGUCAGAAGUAUGGCACAAACGCAAACGAAAAUUUAAUUCAUCCAUUACAAACCCAUCUCCUAUGGUUAACAGAGUCGUCGUGGUAAUAGAAUCGAAAUGGUUGCGUAUUCGGAGCAAUGUUCAUGGAAAAACGUAGAUAAAUAGUAGUGCAAAUGAUUGACAACCAGACGCAAACUGCAUGUAAAUUCAGCUUCAUAACACAAAAAAGAACACAUAUUAAAAAUAAUUGCACCCUAGCCAUUGUGUCCCGUGCAGCAUACAACCUUGAGUGUGAGCGAUUCUAAAUCUUCAUCAAACAUCUUACAGCAAAGUAUGCGCGGUAUGAUUAUCUUCCUUUAUAGAGUAAACAUGGAUACCGUAGGAAAUGAACGAUGUAAUGACACUGCAUGAUGCAGUUGUUAGUAAGAAUGGCGUUAGUACUCAUCAGUACUGCUCACAUACGACCUGUAUCUGUGUUUUAAUUAGGAGAAUGUUUUUCUGUACAAACUAUAUGUAACUGCUGAACCGAGUUUGACUCGAUCGCGAAUGUAACUCGCGGCAUUCAACUGAGAUCGCACAGUCAUCGCUCAAAAAGUGGCUAAAGUGGAACCCCUCAUAACGAGUACCCCAUAUUAUGAGUUUUUCCCCGCAUCAUGAGCAAAUCUUAAUGGUCAACAAAUACCUCUCUUAACGAGUAAAAUCUCACAUAAUGAGCAAUAUCAUUUGUGUUCCUGGUCUGUUUCAAGCAUCAUUCGGACAACAUUGUGGCUCUACAGAAAUAGUGAGCUACAAAUCUCUUCUAAAUUAUAAGUAUUAUGAAGAUAUUGUUCAUUUUUCAAAUGCAUUUAUGCCCUUUAUACCAGCACAUUUGCGUUGCUGAAACCAAUUAUUUCACUUUUCAUACAAAUUAUAUGAAAAAGAGCCUCUCGCAUAGCGACUGAGUCACUGGAACGGAUUAAACUCGUUAUAUGGGGGUUCACAGUACAUUAUUUUAACGAAACGGAAGGACGGAUCCUCGUGGUCUACAAGACGGAAGGACGGAGAAACGAUUUCAGUUUUUGCUUUUGACCUUAUUGUUGAACUUUCGACGGCGAAAUUAUAAUUUUCUGCUAUCUGAAUGUGAUCGAAUAAGUAUCGUUGAUUAUUGUUUAGUUAAAUUAAGAAGAGCAAGUGCGUGUGUGUUGUGGUGGAUGUGAUGAGAAUGAAUUGGUUAAUAUUUGGGCUUAGAAAUAAUUAAAAAUUGUAUUGGUUAAGCAAUUGGUUUCGAAGAUAAUUUAAACUCAUUUUUAUGUGAUUUGAUUUUUAUUUAUGUAUUGGCUGUUUGGCUGUUGGAUUGAAAACAUGACAUUUAGCAAGCGCCACACGUUGUUCUACGUUUUGUAUAGUCACAUACUAAAAACCGUGUAGAACCAUAAUCCAUAAUGUUGCAAACUAUUUCAACCCAUUUUUUACAGUAGAGACCAUUUCGUUUGCGUAUGUUGAAUGAAACUUUUAUACAUUUUUUACACAUAUUGGCCUCCUCUUGUGUGCGCAUAGGGUAGGCUGAUAAGAAAAGCAAAAGAAAACAUAAAAUUAAACCUAUCUUAUACACUCUCUGCACAGUCUUAGGAAAUCUGCCAUAGUGCAAUAGUUGUAAAACGUAUCGCGUAAGGUAAGGACAAAAAACAGAAGCAAAUAGUAGUUGUCAUAUCUAUUAAAGCAAACGCAAGCAACAUAAGAAACGUUUCGAACCAUUUCACCAUAUAAAAAAGCAGACAUAACAUACCAAUAAUAACAUAUAAUGCAGUUUGAUCAUCGUCUAGAAUGGUAAUCGGCAAAUAGUCCGUAGCUAGCAGCAACAGUGUGCAAUAUAACAUUUAUAAUAGUACAGCCAUAGCAUGAACCAUACACACCCAGCCAAUGCGCAAGUGGUUUCCCUUAGCCCAAGCCUUCUGCCGCCAAUAUCGUGUCACCAGACUAAGCAAAAAUUAUUACCCUUAGAGUUCAUCUCAUCUGGAAUGAGACAUUGAGGCUGGUCCUUGAUAUGAAGUCUUGCAAUGCAAUCCAUCCCACGCCCGGAAGCAAACGCUCCUGAACUCAAUUCAACACUCUCAACGCUCGAGAAACCACCUCCCUAAUUACAGCUGUGAAACAAAACCAGGUACUGUAGAAUAAGCCGACCGUCGGCAGUACGAAACUCGUGUAGACGUUAAGAUGGGUGUGAUAGUUUGAGAUACGAGGUUACGUUACAACCGUAGCAGAAGAUGGAGGUGGGAUGGAUAGUGUAACAAAGAUCGAACACUUUUAAGUAGCUAAAUAGGCGUGUAUAUCUUAUAUGUGUGUACGUGUCCCUCAUCCCACGUGGUACCACGAUGAAGAAUAACACUUCUUGUGAAGGAGAGGAAAGGAAAAAGCGAAAAAAUGGGAAUAGAAAUCAAAACAAAGUAACGCCAUACCGUUCGUUGAGAAAGGAAAUGUAGCGCAAAACAAGGGUUAAGUAAACACUAUGCUAGUAUGACAAAACGCACAAGUAAAUGAGGUAAACUAUUAAUAUACGAAGCGAAACGGACAAGUAGAAGGAAAAAUAUAUUAAGGAUUGAAAAACUAGAAACAAGAAACGCAACACAACAUAUAAUGCGAUGAAGUACUAUCAAUUUUUACGUAAAACCUUAUAAGUAAUAUUGUAUUUGUUACUUUUGAUUUAUGAAUGUGUGUAUGUAUUUGCAAGAUGAAAACCAGAAUACCCAGAAAAACCAAGAAAAAAAUAUUAUACGUAUAUAUAUAUCACGAAACCGAACAAGUGAAACGUUGUAACUGGAGCAAACAUUAUAAACUGGCGAAAAAGAAAAUGAAUAAUGAAACUGCUGAUUGGA